AUGCGAUCUCGCUUCCUCAAUAUCGACUACUUCAGUCUCGCUCCAUCCGAAUCCAGAGAAACCCUAACCUUCCUCCAUCUCCCUGUCCCUUGCCUCUCAUUUCCUUCUCCCUCCACCGUUCAAGACCACCUGCGCUUCCAUUCGACCCUCCACGCUUCCCUUCACAUCGAGAGACUUCCGAUUGAUGAUGCUCUCUCCAAGUUUCUGUCCGGCGUACUUCCUCACAGAAUCGAUGUUGAUUUCCAAUACUUUGAGGCAGACAUGCCUUCCAAUCACAAUUGUUUAUCAUUAUCCAGCUUUGGACUUGCUCAAGCUCCGAUUUCUCAGGAACCGGUUGCUGUAUUCGAAGAGAAUGCGAUGGAGAACUGUCGAAUUUUGGAUUCUGGAGCUGAUAUUGGAUUCUUAAACGAGAGGAAAAGCACUGCUCUUAUUGAAAAGAAUGAAAGCAUAUGUGAUAUGACUCAAUUUGAAACGCCUGAGCUGGAUGUACUUCUGGGAAGUACCUGCUUUCCUGAGGAGGUGGUGAUGCAAAUACUGGAUGAAACAUCGGAGAAUGACAAUAAUCUGGAAAUGCUCGAGUCUGGGCUCUCAAUGCAAUUUCCUUAUGAGGUUCUGCAUUCAAUAUCCGUAGUUGAGCAUAUUAGUUCAGAGUACUUCGGGGUCCAAAAUACGUAUUCCUUAGAUGAUUAUAUGUCUCUUCCAAAUCUGCCGAAAUCAGGUCAAAGAAAAUUUACGAUUCUCGAAGUUGAUGAGGAAAGUCUGGGAAUUUCGACGAUCUCAUGUAUGGAGGAAAAUGUGGGUUCAUAUUUUGAUGACAUUGGACCUCAACAAAUGGAUGAAACACUUCCUGUCAUUGAGCCCAAGGAGAUUUUGGGCGGUAUGAACUAUAACAUUAUGAACUUUCUUUCAGAUGACUGUCUGUCACAGCAGAGUGUAGUAUUACCUGACAUACUUCAGGAAACGGACUUUAUUAAUAUGUUGGAAACCGAAAACUUUCAUGGGAAUCCUUCCCUGACAGGGAAAUCACAGUCAGAUAUGAUUACUUUCCAGGAAAUCCUGUUUACUGAUGAGAAUUCGAUUCAGAUACUUGAAAGCUUUUUUAACACAAAGUUGAUGGAUGAUCCGGUAACAAGUGAGUUUAUGUUUAAGAAAGAUUUUAAUUUCAAGAACUUUGAUGAAUUGAUUAUUGUUAAUGAGAUAGCACUAGUGGAUGAUGUAUUCAAGCCACUGCCUGUACCUGCUCUCUCUGAUCAUGGAAAGAUGAGAUCUCUGUAUGUAUUCAUUGAAGAAAGGCUUUCCAAUUUGAAGACUCAACCCCAAUCUGCAUCUGACAGUAUAUACUUGGACUGGGAUUUACUAGAAGAAAAAAGAAAUUUCAAUCUCUAUCACUUUUUUCAGAACAUGUGGGCCAAGAAAGAGCUGAACAUCACAGUCUUUGGGGAAGAAUCUUUCAAUGACGGAAAAUUAGUUUUUGAUCUUGUUUCUCUGAGUGAUGUCCUGGAUGGAUGCUGCAUAGAACAAAGUGAAAGGUUGCAGAAGUUGCUUUCUGAUCGUGCCUAUCAGUCUGAGAAUCAUACCUUAUGGGAUUCAAGCAAUCAAUUGGAUGGUGGAUCUCCCAAGCAAGAAAUUGGGGAACAGUUAGCUGCAAGAAAUGCUGAGAGGGCUUCAUUGUUGUUCAAAUCUACAUCAGAAGUCAGCCAUCUUGAUUAUUUUUUAAACCCUCAGAAAGCAACUGCUAGGAGAAAUUGUAGCUUAGCAGUGGAGUCUAACGAUGCAGAUGGUGGUGUCUUAAAGGCUACUUGCACCGACUUUAAGCAUACGUGUAGGAACAAUACUUUACAAUCUCAAGGAUGGAACAUUGAUUUCCACAAUGUUCUGUUAUCCGAAAGCAUUCUGGCUUUACUUGGGAAUUUUGAAAAAUUUUACUGGGCCGUUUUGCAGAGUGAAACAGAACUGAACCAAAACUCAUCCAUGGAUCAUUUUCAAUUGAUUAAACUUCCAAAACACAAGCUUAUGGAAUUACAUGAAAAUGGCAAAAAUAUGGCAUUUGUUGUGUUAUGUGCAAUAAAACAGGCUGCUUGGUACUUGUGUUUCUAUGGCCUACGUCCAGCUAGCUUGUACAUAGACGAGUUAUGUCAAAGCUUGGACUACUUGAAAUUAAGAUUUAGCUUCCUCCAAUCCUUGAUUAAGGAUGAAAACAAGAAGAUUGGUGACAAAAUUACUCUAGCACAUCCUGCACUAGCUGUUUUUGACAAAAUUUUGCGGUCAAACAUCAAACGGGAUGGUUUGAAAGUGUUGAUUGUGACUGAAGAAGUUUUCUGGUGGUCACUGAAAUGUCUUCUUAUCUCCAUAGGAUUAUCAUUUAAAGAAUUCCAUAAUACUCAUGCAAAUCAGCCAUCUGCUUAUGAUACGGUUGAGGACACCGAUUCAAAAUUGAAAAACCUUGUGAAUUCCAGCUGCUUGAUUGUAUCAUACAAGCAUAUUUCUCCAUUCUUCCCAUUCAACAAAUUCGGCAUUAUUUUGGAAUAUGGAGGUCCAUUUGGUUCGUCUAGAAUAUCUAAUCUGUUACCAAACUCUACUGGGUUGCCUCAUCUUCACUUUCUUAAGGUGGAGCUGGAUGUCCACUCUGCUGUCAAAGCACUUUGUGAGGGCGUUGAAAUUCCGCUGCCUGCUGAAAUGUCAAUGGAAGAUGGGACCCAUAGUAUCAUCAACCCCAGCAAAAGAAUGAUGGAUCCCAAACUGGAAAAGCUAUUGAGUUUUUGUCCUUUGGAGAAAAACUAUGGUAUAGGGUUUUCAAAGAAGGCAGAUAAUGUAGAGUGUUCCGUGCCUCCGCUUUCUUCUGGGCAGCCUGAACAAAGUCAUCAAAGCAUGGAGUCUUUACCUGAAACGCUUAUCAUUGUGAAUACUCAAAAUGUUGAUAAAGAAAUGAUAGCGUCCAGAAGAAGCACAUAUCAAGCAAUUCUUGCAAUGGAGAAACGAGGCAUUCAAGUUGUUGAACGUGAUUUAGAUUUACCAGUGGAUGUCAUUAUCAAUUCAGCAAUUUGCUUGGUAUGGUAUGAUUAUAAAAACAUUGGGAAGAAAGCAACUCCAGCAACUGAAGCUUCUUCUAGCUUGCCUUUAUGUACUGAAAAUGUUGCGGCAAAUAUUUUGACACUGAUAAGCUUUUCCUUUGAUGGCUGCUUUUUGGUUUUUGAGGGAGAAAUUAACUUUAUUUCAACCAUAAUGGAAUCUUCAGAUGGACUUUAUGCUGCUGCAGCAAGCCUGGGAAUUGAUUUGCAGAUCUUCUUCUCUUACUCACCAGAGUUCACAAAUGAAAUUAUAAUAAGCUGCAUCAAUUAUGCUACCAAGUUGACUAGGGGUCUGUAUCCUAAAAUGUCUGAUUCACUAACAUUGGCUGAGUCAUUUUUAACUAAAUUUCCAACAAUAAAUCCUUUGGUGGCACAUGCUAUACUGUCUACAGGGGCCACACUAACCGAGAUUCUUGGGUGGUCGCAUGAGCACAGGAUAAAUGUUUUGGAAAGAUAUCAUGUUCCUGAAGAAAGCGUUGCGCUAUUUGGCGCUCUCUGCAAAUAUGGGGAGCGGGAGGAUUCAAAGUCCAUAAUGACAGAUUGCUCCUCUUCUGUAUCUUCUGGCCCAGAUUCAGAUAAAUAUCACUUGAAUCAAGUCGAUUAUGAAAGAAAAAGGAAAAAGCACGCAGAGAGUUCUGAAGAAUUCGGACCAUUUUCAGAUGAAUUAUUGCAGUUUGAGCCACUACAUCAAGAAGCUGAUGGUUUCUUGGAUUCUUCUAAUCUUUCCAAACCUAGUAUCCCUGAUCAAUCAAAUUAUUCUGGAAGAUCCAAUGACUCGACAAGGCAAGGGUUCAAUAUGACCACUCCAAUGAAAACCCCAGCCAGAGCAUCCCAGCCAUCUUGUGAUCCUUGGAGCUAUAAAGCUCCCCUAAUAUUGGAGCAGAAACAACAGCCAUCUUUUUCUUUUAAAGAUGAAGGGUUGGUUCCUAAUGAUACAUUGGAUACUGCUAGGAUGAGCAAAAAUUUGACCUGGCAAGGCCUUAAUUUUUCCGAGAAGCUGGAUGAGGACAUUACAGGCGAGGUUGUUGACUUUACUGAGGAUCUCCUACUAAAUAAAAAAUUCUCUUUCAUUGCUAACUCGAGGAAUUUUCCUGGUGUCGACUUCAUGAACUCUCCAGAUUUCCUGCCUCAGACAGAGAAUAGUAUUGUGAGAAGAUUGUCCUUUGAUCAGAUGACUCAGCCUGGGUUUAAAGAUAUCUGGAAUUCUUCACAUGAUACAAGAGGUGAAGUUAACAAUAACCCAGAACCAAAUUUUGGAAUGAAGAUCUCUCCUCUUGAUGCUAAGUACCGUGGAAAGAAUUCUAAUGAGGAUUUGACUCCGGCAUACAAGAGAACCCUACAUGGAUCACCCUUCCAAGAGGAGAUGUCACAAUUGAGUGGAAGAACUCCACUUUCACGUGCUCUUCAUUCAACUACUCCAUUAAAAAACUCACCUUGGACAAUAGAAUUUAUCAACAGAAUCAAAGAAAAGAGCAGAAUACGUCAAAAAGCAUUAUCAUGUGACAAGUCUGUCUCUUGUUUUGAGUACUCAGGCAGUACAUCGGAAGUUGCUACUAGAAGACACCCUCCUCCUCCUCCUCCGCCUGAGUCCUUUGCAUAUCAAGGAAGUAGAACUGAAAACGCUCCCAAACAGAAGAGACAGAAGCAAUGUGCAGAACCUUUGAAGUCAGCCAAGAAUCGGAAACUUUCUGCCUCAUUACUUCCUACAUGGACACCUAAUGACAAGAGAGCAACAAAGAUGCUGACUUUUGCUAUGAAUGAAAGUCAAGGUCAAGCUAAGUUGGUCUGGAACGACGAAACUCAAGGUCAAGCCAAGAAGUUUCGGUAUCAGACACAAAAGUCAAUCUAGGCUUCGUGUGGAAAAUGGAGAUUUUAUAUUAUGCGGAAACUGGGUGUACUUUUUUUUUGGUGAGUACAUGUACAACUUCAAUAUGUAGUUAUGUAUC